AUGAAAUUUUCAAUUGAUCGAAUCUUCACAGACAGAUGGAAACUGGACCACACCAUUCUCCUGCUGGCGUUUUUGACCGUUGCUUCUGUUAUAUCUGGUCUGUGUCUAUGCAUAACUCUUGUUGUCGACCCACAAUAUUACAUUGAACUCAACAACACUGACAUCAAUGCAACUGCUGUGUACAGAGCAGAUGUUUACAAUAUCUUGAAGAAAGACCAACCAGACCUUACUCCAAGCUCAACUUUACCCCAGUACGGACUCAACGCAACAACCCUUUCUCCAUAUUAUAGACUAGGGUUACACAAGUAUUGUGAGGGCCAAUAUAAAGAUGAAGUUUGGCUGCAAGGAGCUUGUUUCCACUGGGAUACAGGACAUGUUGGUAUUGAUGACAUUUACAACAACAGAAAUUGGGAUGACAGAACACGGUAUGGUUACCUUGUGAGCUACUUUAGAGACAGUACUGCCUUCUCAAGAAAGAUUGUAUUUGGAAUGUUCAUAGCAGCACUGGCUGUGUUUGGACUUGUUCUCUCGUACUUGGUCUUUAUUUUACUAUGGAUUGACAGUCUAAAACUCACAAAAACCAUCUACUCAUCAAUUGGAACAGUGGUGUUUAUUUCGCUAAUUUUGGCCAAUUGUUUGCAGCUUGCAUUUGUUGUUGGUAUGCUGCAAACGAAGGUUAUUAGAAGAGUCAGAUAUAUGGAGCCCCAGUCACAUAUCUCUGGAGAGUUGAACAACAACUUAACAGUAAGGUGUUCGGUUACAUUGACUCUAGCAAUAUUGGCUACUGUUCUCUUUUUGAUUGUGAGUCGAAAAUUCAAGAGACUCAACAAGACUGAUUCGCCAAUGGCUAGUGAUGAUGUCACUAAUAAUUCAGUGGAGUCACAAGUUGUUGAUACAGAACCAGCUAAGGAGUUCACUGAAAGUGAAGCCCCUCCAGCAUAUACCGAAUGAGCUGAUGCAAGCUUUUUUAUUUUUCUAUAACUGAGGCUUUCAAGUGCAAUCGCUGGAGAACAUAUGAAUCAAUCAUUGGUAUUGGUAUUAGAGAUUAUAUGUGAUACUUUUUAAGAUUUCAAUUUAGUAUCAUCUUUAAGGUAAGCAACUGCCAUCUGCUCUUCAAGAUCAUUGGAC